AUGGUGUUGAAGCAUCCGCGGUGUAAUUGGUCAUGCAUGUCGAACGAAGAUAUGGCAAGUAAUGAUGUCAACCGAGAGAGAGCAUUGUUAAAAGAGAAGCUACUGGAGGAUCUCUGUACUUCUGAGGCACAGGCUACACAAAAAGCAGAGGAGGAUUGGGGUCGAAUGUCUGUGGCGAGUAUUUGGCCUGAAAGCAAAUUAUGGUUGAGUCAACACCACCUUUGGUGGCAAAAGUGUGUUUGCCUAGAAUGUGAUGUUAAGAAGUCACGCAUGCCUCCAAUUGCGACAUUAUCUUGCAAGUUACACCAUCGAGGCAUUGGUCCUAACAUGACUGCGUGGUUUGAUCUAUCUCGACAUUGCAAGGCGACCAAUCCCUAUGACUUCGCAGGGUGCUUGGAGGACUCCUUUUCACUCUACGAUACCAUUCGCUUCGACUUCGCAUCAUUCGCAUUGGGUGGUAGUCCAUCCACCUGUUUUGGAGUUUUGGCUUGGACAGCCUUCUCAGGCCACCUCUCCACAGCCUUCUUCGCUUUCAAUCCGGCUGUCGCUUUCUUCACCUUCCCCACAUGUGCAGGAGAAGUCUUUGCUAUGGACACUAUUCUGCCUUAA